AUGACCGACAUCGACCUCAAAACCGAAGGCGUAGUGCACGCUACCUUCGACCAGGUUGAGACACUCGACGGCAAUAAAACAAUCUCAGCCAGCUAUAUUGACGAGACCAAUGGCGCAAGCUCGCACAACAAGUCCAAGCAGGAACGUCGCUUGGUCUUGAAGUGUGAUCUGCUUUUGCUGACUCUCGCGAUUUUGAUCUACCUCGUCACAGCAUGGGACCGGAACAACAUCGGCAACGCCCGCCUGAUGGGCCUCCAAGAACAGCUCCACAUGAGCAAUCGUGACUUCUACAAUGCUGUGAUGAUGUAUUAUGUCAGCUACAUCAUCUUUAUGCUCCCCGCAAACGUCUUCGUCCGUUCGAUCCAAGCACAUCGCCAAGUGGGAAUAUGUGUCAUGGCCUUUGGCACUUUCGUCUGUUGCAUGUCUGCCGUCAAAUCCACGUCUGCCAUUCUUGGUCUUCGAUUUCUUGUGGGCAUGGCGUCUGUUUUUGUUCAGGGGUUGUCAAUCUACUUAAGUCUGUGGUAUAAGCGCGACGAGGUCGUCACUCGGGGAGGCAACCCAGGUAUAUAUUAUUCAGCAGCCACCAUUGCCGGCGCAUUCAGUGGCCUGAUCGCCUACGGUAUACAAAAAAAUAUGGACGGGGCUCUCGGGCGGCCUGCGUGGCAAUGGAUCUUCAUCAUUCAAGGCUCCGCAGCGAUUCUCGUCGGGAUUCUCGUCUACAUUCUCCUACCCCUGGGGCCGGACCAAAUGAGAAAGGCAGGCAAGGCGCACUGGCUGUUCACAGAGCAAGAGAUUGAUCUGGCUAUUUUCAGGAUGAAAACAUACAAUACGGUCGAUGCCAAAUUCGAGCCAAAGCAGAUAUGGGCUGCUCUCGUCGAUGUCAAGACAUGGUUCUUCUGCCUCAUGAACUCAGGCAUAGCCAUUGCGCUCAUCUCGCUGAGCUCAUUCUUGCCAACGUUCAUCAACCAAUUCGGCUAUAGUCCUAUUCGGACCCAGCUCUUCUCGGUCAUUCCCUAUGCUUGUGCCUUUGUCACUCUCCUAGUGCUCAACAGCGCCUCUGACCGGGUCAAUCUCAAGGGGCCAUUUCUCAUGCUCUGUUUAUCAAUCAGCAUCGUGGGCUACAUCAUCCUACUGUGCCCCGGGAACGUCCACGUCAAGAUCUUCGGCUCCUGCCUCAUCGUGGCCGGAACAUUUCCCGCCGUGACCUUUCUCGGAGCGUGGAUCGGCAUCAACACGGCGGGGUUCACCAAACGGGCGGCGACGUGGGCCAUCUGUGAAGUCUGGGGUCAGUCAUUUGCCAUUCUGGGCACGCGCAUCUACACCGACCCGCCACGGUUUGUCAAAGGCCAUUCCAUCGUCCUCUCCUUCCAAGUCCUGGCAUUGCUUGCCGUCGUCGCCUGCUAUUUCUGGUUGCGCCGGCUCAAUCGGCAGAAGGCUGAGGAUGGCCUGGAACGGACCCGAAGCGGACAGGCUCAUCCGGAUCUUCAGAAAUCGCUCGAAGAGGUGCAUGAUCGACACCCGUUGUUCGUCUACACUCUCUGA